AUGUCUAAUAAUUCUGAAAGAGAAAGUCAAAGCUCCCUAAGUCCCCAUACCUUCAGUGGGGAAGAGUUUGAGAGUGGUAGCCAUAAUGAAGACUUGGGUACUGAUGGGGAAAGUACUGGGUCUGAACGUGUGGUGGAAGGGCUGAUAGUGGAGGGAAGUAGGGUUGGGGGAGAAGAGCAGUCAAGGAGUUCUGGGGGGGAAGCCUAUAGGGAAAUGCAAAGGAACUAUGUGACCCUAGAAGCUUGUGCCAACCGGGUGUUGGGGAUAACCCAGGCACCAGAGGCUAGUGCAAGUGGGCGAGCGGGGCUAUCGGGGUGUGGUACUGUGGUAGUAGCAUCCGCCGAUGUGGGCAUUCCAAUAGGGGUUCCACUACCGAAGAAAAAUAUGAUGAGUCUGUAUGAUCUAGAGUCGCUGAAGGUAGAUUACGCUAUACCUGAGUGUGUGGGGCUGAGGUUGCCCGUACCUGCUGAAGCGGCAAGAUACCCUCCCGAGGGUUGCGUUUUGGUGUUCUUAGCCAUGUACAAACAUGGAUUGAGGUUACCAUUGCAUCAUUGGGUGCAAAUGAUGCUUUCCAGAUUGGGCUAUGCCCCUGGGCAGUAUAAUCCCAACUUCUGGUGUAUACUGCACGGGGGUGUACAUAGCAUGGUGGUUGGCGAAGCGAGGGGAGCCCUCCUUUGA